AUGGGAGAACAAAAUGGAAAGGACUUCACUCACAAAACCAACGGCUUGAAAGGGAAGCCCCCGUACUGCGUGGAGACUCCGUACGGCUUCCAGCUGGAUCUAGACUUCCUCAAGUAUGUGGACGACAUCGAGAAAGGCAACACAAUCAAGCGUGUCCCCAUGCAGCGCCGGAGUAAGGUUCCCCGGGCCAGCACUCUCCCCCGCCACCUCCACCUCUCCUCCUCUGGCUCUCGUCCAAGCCCCUGGGGGUCCACCGGGGCACUGGGGCCGAGGUCGCGGCUGUUGGGGGCCCACCACGGUUUCUCCUGGUCACACGAAACCAGCGCGCCUCUUUCAUUGGCCGGUUUCAAAUCUCAGGCUGAAAUGGAAGCGAGGAUAAAGGAGUUUGACGAGCAGCCGUUAGGUGAACGCAUCAAGCCUCAUCUCCUGCGGGCUUCCAGUUUACCCCUGACUGUGCUAUUACGGCAAAGUUCUGAAUCCGCAGACGACGCAAGCAGUCUCAGGAGCUCUCGAGAUUGUCUCUUAGGGAAAAAUACCUCGCUUGAAGACUUAGUUGACUCCCAUUCCAAUUCCGGGCUCGUAAAGCGUCUUUCUGAGGCGUUGGAACGUGUUGCAGAGCUGGAGAUGGAAGUGAGGGUUAUUCCAGAGUUGCGAGCUCAACUCGGCAAAGUCCAAGAAGAGCGCGAACGGUUACGGCUGGCUCUACGUUCAAACCUUCAACCGCCGUCUGUAAAUGUAAAUGGAUGCUACACUUCAUGCCACUACAAUAGCAUCGAUGUCAAAAGGCCCAGACACGACAGCCACAACCACUUGGACUCAAACGCCUCGCACGAGUGGAGGAGCAGCACGGAUCUGGACGAGCUGCUCACGGUGACGUCGCUCCAGGCCAAAAUCGCGGCGCUUGAGCAGAAACUUCACGAGAGCGAGCUGGAGUUGAAAUGGGUCACGGGAAUGCUACGAGAACGGCAACGGGAAAGUGGAAAGAAUGAUGAUGACAAGAUGGAUGAGCUUAGAAGAAAUCCUGGGGUGUGGGUGAAAGCCGAGCGAGUGGUGGUGCAGCAGGACGGAGAAGAGACGGUGGUGAAGAGCGAAGACACCGGGUUUGGCAGCGAUAACGGGGUGCGUGAGAAGGCAGCGGAGGACGAAAGGAACGCGGAAAAGGUGGUUUGUCACAUACAGAAGAUCAGGCGGCUCCUGGACCAGCAGUGGGACUGUCUGUGUUCAGAGCAAAGGGCACAACACAUAGACCCCAAAGUUAAGCUUCUGCAGCAGGAGAUGGUGGGCCUGGUCGAUCUACUGUCAUCCCACUACAAUCAACCAAUACAAAGGCAGGAGGAGCAGCUAUCAGACAACUCGAAAUGUGACACAAAGAAAAAACAAUGCAGACUAUUAAAGGACCCGGAUGAAAGGGACCACUCCACCACAAGUACAAACCAGAACAACAUGGAGCAGAGCGAAUGCCCCGGAGAGAAGAUGGCGGAUGCCCAGGUGCAUGAUGGUCCAGCAGAAAGGGGCACAAGUCCAAGCAGACACAUGAGAUCUGCAGGGACAGAUGGAAACACAGUGUCUGCAGCGGCUCCAGAGAAAACAGUGAGGAUGAGAACGGCUCCAGGAGAACAGAUGGAGCCAGGCCCUGACACUGCUGCUGGCAGUGAGGUUAAAGCUGCCUUUGUUGCCGCCUGUCUGUUUCUGAAAGAUCACAUGAACAAUAUGGACAACCCCAACGACGACAUGAAGAAAGCUUUGGUGGUGCUGUUUCAGAGCUGGUUUGGUGCAGCAGCAGAGGAGAGCUCUAAAGUGAGCUCUGUGGUCGCUCACGUGAAAGAAGUGAAGAGAAAUGCUCCGUCGCUCAUGGCCUUCCUGAUCAACAUGGCCGACGACAACGCCAACACGGUCCUGCAUUACAGCGUCUCCCACUGCAACUACAGCAUUGUCAGCGUGCUCUUGGACACCGGUGUGGCCGACGUGAACCUCCAGAACAAUGCUGGAUACACUGCUAUGAUGCUGGCCUCGCUCACCGCCCCUGACAGCCCCUGUGGCAUGGAGGUGGUCCGUAAACUGAUGGAAAUGGGCAGCACCAACAUCAAGUCCAGCCAGACGGGCCUGACAGCGCUGCACUUGGCGGUGAGGCACGGGCGAGUGGUGAUGGUGCGGCUGCUGCUGAGCUGUGGAGCGGACGCCAACAUCCAAGACAAAGAGGGAACGACAGCGCUGAUGUUUGCCGCCGAGAGGGGCCACACGCACAUCGCCCGGCUGCUCUUAGAACGCAGCCAGUGUGACCUCAGCCUGGCCGACAAGCACGGCCGCACGGCUUUGUCCAUCGCCACGCAGGGGUCCCACAGUGAUACCGCCGCUCUGCUGAAAGCCCACGCAAAAGCCAGAGCGCUUUAA